AUGGACUCUCCAGAGCCAAAGCCAUCCUCGCCGCCGAGCCAGCCCAACCCGGCAAAAGCCUACCCGUCACCGACCUCCCUCCCGAGCCCUGAAGUACCGCAAUUUCAAGAAUUCUCCCGCAUACCGCCCCUCGCCCUCGACAGCUACACCAAUCCACUGCUGCUGGCCCGGCCGCCGCCGCCGCCACCGCCGCCGCCGCCGUGCACGUGCGCAACGGCGGCGGCGGGGGCUGCAGGCGUCUUUCACCACGCCGGCAGUUCCCGCUCCGGCGCCGUCUACGGGCUGGACUUUGCGCGCUCGCGCAGCGUCCACGACGAGUCGCGCCCCCGCUUGGAGCUGGCCGGCCCGCUGGACGUGGCCGGCAGCGUGCGCGCGCGCAGCGUCUGCUUCAGGGGGGAUUUCAUCGUCAGCGACGGCAUCGACGCGUACGGCGAUGUCGAGAUCAACGGCAGCAUGACCGCAGAAGGCCGGAUAAGGGCUUUCGGGGACAUUUCGGUCAACGGCAGCUUGACGACCAGUGGCAAGGUUCAGGGAUCUUCGAGGUUGAAGCUGCGAGGCACCAUUCGCGCCGCCGACGUGGAGAUAUACGGCAACGUCAUCCUCCGAGGGCACUUGUAA